CUUGCGCUCAACAACACUAUGGCGCGAAAACAGAGAGCAGCAGCUCAAGCAGCUGCGCAAUCGCUGCGAGCCGCGCCGCAACAGGUCGACGAAGAAAUGCCGGAUGCCGCCCCGUCAAACUCACCCACUCCUCGUGAUGCCGAUGAUGAUACCCCAAAGGAGAAAGAUGAAACUCCCGUCACAGAAGAACAGGAGGCGGAAUCCCAGUCGGAACGACAAGCGGAAGAAUCGGACGGUCCAUCGCCAGCCACGCCAAAUACACCUAUGCGCACAGGCAGAGUGUCUGCUAUCCCCAGAAAGCGCGGUGGCCGGGUCGGCCGCCCGCCCAAAAUUAGAGCCCCAGUGGUGGAUGAUGGAGCUGGCGAAGCACGGUCAGAAGUUAGUACUCCCGUCCGACGAAGGGGACGAGGCCGCCCAUCGGCGGGUGGACGAUGGGGACGGGCCAAGGGGGGCCCCUCCCACGUCACCCAGGUCCCGAUCGAUAAAGAAGGAAAUAUGAUGGAUGUUAUCAACGAUGAGGUUGACCUCCCAGAAGAUCCUGAGGGGGAGACGAAGGUCGAUAAACUGGGCAAUCUCCUGGGCGGGCGCGAAUAUCGCGUGCGGACGUUUACGAUUCUUAAUAAAGGGGAGAGACUCUACAUGCUGUCAACGGAGCCGGCGCGUUGUAUUGGAUUUCGGGACUCUUAUCUUUUUUUUCAGAAGCACCGGCUGCUUUUUAAGAUCAUCAUUGACGACGAUGCGAAGCGUGAUUUGAUAGAGAGAGACCUUAUACCGCAUUCAUACAAGGGGCGCGCUAUCGGUGUGGUAACGGCACGAUCAGUAUUUCGCGAGUUUGGAGCCAAGAUAAUUAUUGGGGGACGCAAGGUCAUCGAUGACUAUUCGGCGCAAGCCGCCAGGGAACGAGGGGACGUGGAGGGUGAAUUGGCUGUGCCGGAGGACAAGCUGCCAGGCCCUGGAGAAACAUAUGACAAGAAUCGCUAUGUUGCCUGGCAUGGUGCAAGUAGCGUUUAUCAUUCCGGGGCUCCUUCAGUACCCAUGCCAAUGGGAAAAACUGUAGAUCCCAAGAAACGGAAGGUGAUUGUAACGGGGGAUAACUGGAUGAUUGAGCAUGCCAGGGAAGCAAGUCGGUUCAAUUCUACACUCCUCGCAGCUCGCCGCGAAAAUCUUGAUGGCCACUACGACAUCCACACAAACAUCAUGCAAUAUCCUAGGAUCAUGCAAUCCACCCACGUUCGAUGGGAAAUUAUCCCACCGCCAGAAUCAACACGGGCAGAUAGAUCACAGCUCAUCAGCAGCGCUUCAACAGCUGCCCUUGGCGUCACGGAUGGGACACCAGCAAGCUCAGUUGAUGAUGUGAAGGAGCGAACGUCCAAUGACCUUCCCAGCCAAGUUGAAACGGACAAAUCCACCAAAACCUCAUCCACAAUAUUCCCUUCCGUACCUGCUAUCUUCAGCCGCAACUUUGAAAUCCAAGACAUAUACUAUGAAACGCCACCAGAGUCCUCGUUGGGUCUUCCCGGCCCAGAUGGGGAUGUACGAGAUAUAGGUUCGAAUGGGUUAAUUAGUAUAUCGCUUGGCAGGAACACUCCUCUCUUCCACACCAGUCCCGAGGUGCUUGCAGAGCUGCCACGUGAAUGCCAGAUUGCCUACCGCGAAGCAGCCGUCCGGGAGUGGGAGUGGAAGAGUCGGUGGAGAAGCGAAAGGGAGGAUGGGCUAAGAGCACCGUUGAAAUUAAAUUAUUCGUGGAAUCCAUGACGAAAAAGAAAAAUAAAUGGCCGGUGAAAAUGAAUAUGGCGUUUUCGUAUAGUAAUGACUAUCAUCACUGGGCUUUUUCGGCUUGGGAUAAUAAAGUUGGUUCGGAUGAUAAGUCGGAUGUUCCAAGAGAGGAAAAGGGAAUCAAAUCAGAAUGAGAGACUUGCGGGGAUUUUUUUCUUUCUAUUUCUUCUUCUUUUUCUUCUCUGUCCGUCUGGAUCGCUCAAACAGAGAUUCUCUUUCUUUUCUUCACAUAUGGAGUCUGGCUGGCUGGGUGGAUGACUUUAGUUUGUUACUUUCUCUUGCGAUGGAUGGCGUCUUAAGAAGGCCUUUUUUUCGGUGGAGCAGGCGCGCUAAUCACUUUUUUCUUGUAUGCUUAUGCUCGUACUCUGUGCUAACUAUUAUAUACAUUU